AUGGCUUGGGUGUAUGUGGUAUACUGGACUGUGAAGAAGUCAUGGUGUCGUGCUGUGGUGCGGUCCGUCAUCACUGACCCAACAUGCUGUCGAGCCUUCUGCUUCCUGGUUGACCACGGAGAAAUGAUUGUGGUCUCCUUAGACAAAAUACGAGUGUCAUUACAGAAGUUCCUCCAGCUUCCUUUUUGGGUGAGGAGGUUCCAUCUGGCACGAAUCCAACCAAUAACYCUUCGAGUAUCUAUACUUGCAGAAAAAGUAGAACUUGAACCUUCUAAACAGUGGGACUUUUCGGCUACACUUUACCUGCACAACUUGCUUCGAGCAUCCACCCAAACAGAAGCUGUGUUGCAUGAGUUGGAGUCGGACUCUACCUCCAUUGAGCUCUAUCUUACCAUCAGCAACAUCAAGAUCUGCGUGAAUGAUGACCUGGUGGCCAAUAGGUUUGCAUGUUACAGCAGCAGUGGCCUGGACGCCUCUGACAGGUUUCCUCUCAUGUUGUCCCCCAGCAUCCUAACUCGGACUGCUUCCAAAUGCUCUGACAAGCAGAUGGAGCAAAACCUGCAUUCUCCCAGUGAGCAUGGAGGGUCAUCAGAGAGUCCUGGCACUUCAGAGGCAGGGGACUGGCUGACAACUCCCUCUUUAUCUCAGAGUCAAAUCCCUGAGCUGGUAACUUCUGAGGAAGGCAGCAGAUCAGAGGAUACUAAAGAACUAAUGUUUUUUAACAACCAAACCAAGCAUGGCCCAAAAGCUUCAGGGGCAGAGAGUGAUUCCUCAGAGGAAACUGACUUCUCUCUUGCUUCAGCGCUAACCAAAAGCCUUGAUCUGUUCCGGUUCUUGAAGUUUCUAAAUCCUGGCAGAAGCGAUCAACUGGGAGACUUGGACAAAGAGCAAAGCCAGGAAGGAGACGUCAGACCAGAGGCCAAAUGUAGGGGUGAUGACACAGGAUCUUCUCAGGUGGAGCAGAAUGAUGACCUGAACAACUAUCAUCCUGAGAUGACUGAACUGUCUGCAACUGGCACUGAACAAGAGCAGGAUGCUGCCAGCCUGUUCUCAGAAACCAACCUGCAAAGUAAAACUGGAGAUGUUUCUCAAAGUAUUCUAGUUGAAAGUCCUGGGCAUGCGGAAGCAAGUGAUUUAAGUACGUCAGUGGAGUGUGGAAUGAGGAGGAGUGAAGAGGACAGAGUCUGCUCACGUCUUUUAGAGUGGCUGAACCCMGAGCCUUUCAACGCCAAUCCUGAUGCUGGAGAUGAUGUGGUUUCACUCAGUGAUCCUUGGAUGAAGGGGAUUCUAGUACAUUCAGCCCUUUCCAUGGAACCAUGCAACACAUUAGAAGAUGCUCCCAUCACAGAUUCUCUCCGUCAGGUGUUGCUUCGGAAAAACUAUCAUACUCUUUCUCCAGCUGACCGCUACAGUUGGCCAGCUGUGGCUCGUGGCUGCAACACUUUCGUUAUCUCCCAGAAUGCUGACCAGCCACUUGGCUACCUUAUCCCCCUGCUCACCCACAUUCUUUUGAACUCCCUCCUCUUAUCCCACCUCUCCAGUUCAGGGCCCAUAGCAGUGCUGCUGUGUCCAGGCUGGGAGAAGGCUCAGAUGAUAUACAACCUGCUGGAGGAAAGCAAGGUUUCUCAAACCCUUCACCCAAUUAUUGUCUUGGUGGGCAUUGGCAAGGAUGAAGCCAAAGCUGUAAAAUUCCCCAAAAACUUAUUAGAUGAGGCUGACCAGCUCUUCACUUUUGCACCUGAUGAGAUGGGAACCAUCCUACAACAUUUUCAGAAGGUGACUUCCAGUGAAGAGAAAGCAUCCUGUCCUCGGCAACUGGUUGCUGUGACCAAAAGAUGGACCAGUCCCAUGGAGGAUUUAAUCUCUAAGCAUAUGCCCGAUCCCUCCAUCGUUAUAACUGUCCCUGAGGAGGCUGCACUGUAUGGUAACAUACAGCAGGUUAUCCUGAUGACUAUUGAGAGCAACAAGAUAUCUGCACUUCUGGGAGUGUUGGAUUUCAGUCCUGAAGUUGGCCAAAAGACACUGAUUGUAGCAAACUUUGCUGAGGAGGUUGAAGAUGUGUUUAAGGCUGUCAGCAACAAAUCAGCAUUCUGUCUCAAGAUCCACAAGGGAUUACUGGACCAUCUUGACUUUGUCAUCCAGCAGUGGAGGAAAAACAUUGGCCCUGGCACUCAUGUUAUACUGGUGAGCACCAGUGAGUGCUUGAGGAGCCUUGGCAUCAGAGAUGCAGCUUGUGUUGUCCACUAUGGAUUUCCGCCUUCUCCUAAAGUGUUUGGCUACAGACUCUUUUGCAUGGCUGAAAACUUUCAAAAUCGACCUAAACAAGAUCAAACAGACGGUUGUUCUCCAAUUAGCAGAUCAGUGCUGCUGAUCUCAGAAAGAAAUGCUCGCCAUGUUGUGGGAGUUCUCCGUUAUCUGGAACGAACUGACGCACCACUUCCUCCUGUGCUGUUCUCCUUUGCUGAGGGGGUACACGUGGCCCGCGAAGACCAGAAGACAGAUCGACCUUUUUGCAGCUAUCUGAAGAGCUUUGGAUUCUGCAGGGACAGGAGUGUUUGCCCUGAUCGUCACAGAAUCAACCCUCAGUCAGACAAGUCUGUUCUUCCUGCAUCUGGAGUCAUUGAAGUCUUACCGCUCUACAUUAAGACAGCAUCUGUCUUCUAUGGUCGUUUGGUCAGACAGAAUGACAAGGAGUUUGAUAAAAUGGCCUCUGAGAUGAUGUCUUAUUAUGCUGACAAGAAACCUGGAGCCAAGGAGCUGCUGGAAGGAGCUUUAUAUGCAGUUGAAGAGGACGAGAUCUUCCACAGCUAUCCAAGACGAGCAGACCGAUCAUCAGUACCAGACAGUGUGUAUUGGAAAAAAGUGUCAGACUCGACUUUGUGCAACUUUUUGGUCCACAGUGAUAGAAGAUCUUUGCUGCUGCUGAAGAGAGUGAAGAUCCUGGCGCUACCUGACCAUAAUGAAAGCAUCUUUUACAAUGUCUUGGUUCGGUUCAUUGAUAUUGGAAAGGAGAGUGAUGUCAAAUCCCAUCAGAUCCUUGAGCUGCCGCCGCAGUUUCAUUUUCUGCCUAACCAAGCCAUUGAGAUGGUGGUCUGCAGGGUGAAGCCAGCUGAUGCUGAGAUUGAGUGGCAUCCAAAGGUCACCAGAGCUAUCAGCCAGAAGAUCCGAGGUCUGCAGCAUCGAGCCAGAGCUGUUCUGUGCCUGGGGAAUACAGUUUUUGUCGAUCCUAUGGUACGAGUUACUCAGAUGCCAGGCACAAAAACAUGUAUAAAUGAGUACAAUGUGCAGACUGAGAUACUAAAGACGGGGAUGGGAGUCAAUAAUCCCAAGCAUCUGGACUUCUUCAGAGCAGCUUUUCAAGAUGGCAGCAAAGAUGGAGGUCACACAUCCAGGACCAGCCAGAGCCUGUUUGUGGGUCCAGGGCUGACCUCUGGAAUUCAGGUCCUUGCUCCUCCCACCAACGGACACCAGACAGGCGAGCCUGAUGGUGAUGAGCAGGUUGUGUCCAGUGAUGAAACAGUCUGCAAUGACCUGCCAAAGAGUUUAUACCCUCAGGUUGUUUGGUACCAAACCUGUGACUCUGUAAUUGUAACAGUGAAGUUGAUGAAUCCAGAGAGUCAACGCUGCAAUUUCUACACAGACAGAGUUGUCUACAGUGGGAGAGUGAACGGUCGUUCCUACAUGGCUGAUCUGGAGCUUCACCAGAAAAUAGAYGCAGACAUUUGCCACUGGGAAAUGAAGUCCAAUCAGCCUGUUCUUAAACUGGUAAAACAGCAGCAAGGACACUGGGAGAGACUCAUCAGGAGUAAGAAUAUUUUUGUGAGUUAUGACAUGGACCAUGUUGACGACGAGGAAGACACAUCAAGUUGUCGGUUGUUUGUGGAGAACAUAGGAGAGGAUAGCUGCUAUCUGAAGUCAGAGAGCGGCAGCGAUAGUGACUGAACCCAAAAUUUUCUUGUUUACAUCUUCACCUCUUCCCUUAAGAUAUAUUUCACAUUCCUUUUGCAGUUGUUUUAUUGUUCUCGUAUGUAGAGUUUAGUUGGUUGCCCUUCAGAGGCCAACAUUCGGAGUCUGAAAUCUAUUGUUUGGAAAUUGUCAUCUUUUUUUCUCUAUUGUUUCAGUCGCAGACGAGCAAAUACAUUCAUUUUCAUUCAUGUACUUUGAAUUUAGAUCUGGGUACAUAGGUCAACACACAUGACUGUUUCCUUAUUAUAAAAACAAUUCAUAAUCACAUUUAAUGGCAGCUUGUGAUACCGUGGGCAAUUGAGAAACCAGUUUUAUUUGUCCCCCAAUCUUUUGUUCAAAUAAUUGCUUGGAAAUGUGAUAAAUAGUUUUAUUACCUUUGAGCUGUUUCAAGUUGGGAUCCAGUCAGGCUCUGUGCAUUUUGGUGUGUAUUGUGUAUGGAGACAGAUGGCUUGAUAAAGUAAUAAAUGUGUCAAAAAAUAAGAACUUUGCCAAUUUCUUUGAUUAUGAAAUGUAGCAUUAAUUAAUUUAUAAUUUCCAGCAAUAUUAAUUUAACAUCACUAUCAUUUAUCCCACCUGCAGUCUUAAAAGGGGUGGAGUAGACCCCCUGUUCGUGGUCCCGCUGGUGUUACGCUGAUCACUGAGGUUUUCUUCCUCCGUGGUUUUGGAAACUGAAAGGACUCCCCCAUCACUUUCCCGCUGUCCGACUGUGACGUCUGCUGCGUUCUGAGUGUGAAGCUGGGACAGUGGGAGGCUUAUCAAAAACUUAAGAAAAUAAUUAAAUGAAACGAAAACUAAUAAAAUAAGAUUAUAACUAAAAUGGAGAAUUAAAUUUAAGCAAUUUCUCCUUAGAGAUCACUUGUCCGUUCUAUUCAAAAUUAUCAACAAAUAUGGACAUUACAUAAUUAAAUUGUAAAAAUAAUUUAUUUUGGAUGCUAUAUGACACACAAAUUACUUUAUUGAGCCACUUAUUAAUUUCUAUGUUUAUUCACAAUUUUGCUAAGAUCCUUUUCUAAACGUAUUAGGGGCAGCAUGAAAUUGGGAAUUAAAAUUUGCCACGAUUAGUACAGUUCUGAGCAAAAUAUGUAGCAUUAUUGUUCAGUCACUUCUGUUGAUGUAAUUAACACCUAUUUACAACAAAUGCCAUUCAAGGUACUUUACAAAACAAAUGGCUUCUAAUCAUAUCCAGCUGCAUAGAGAAUCUAAUUUGGUUAAAAUUCACUUCAAAAUAAUCCGUCCGGUUAAGAACCAUGUUCAUAGUCAGUGUAAUUGAACAAAUUAAAUUAGUAAUACAGUGCCCGUUGGUAAUUGUCUACUGUAAGGAAGCCCAACCCAGUACAUCAAGUAACUGAAUUUGCAGCAAUCCUUCCGUUUUAUUUUCAAGAAAACAGAAAUGGACAAGAAAAUAGUUUACUGAUAUCUUCAGAGUAUUUGCUGGGUGUUUGUGUCAUUGCCUCGAGUUUGUAAGUAUGAAGUGUAACCUACACAAGUUAUGAUUUGUGCUGUAACUUUUUCAUGACAAGGCAUGUAUUCAAGUACACGUUAUUGGUUACCUUCUUAACUUCUGUUCACAACCAUGGGAGAGCUUUUAGAGGGACAACAGUUUGUUUUGUUUGCAGUCUGUUUUGUUUUACCAAGUAAAACUGAGGCAUUAUAAAGCUUUAUUUGAAUCUACACUUAAGACAAGCAUACCGCCUCAGCUGCCUCGUGGCAACUGGUAUGUUACUGUUACCUUGUUUUUGCAGUGCUGCAUUGUAGCUACAUUAAAAUUAUUUACAUGGUUCUUCAAAUUUAUAUUUAAAAUAAUCUUUUCAGUUUGACCAACAUGCUUGUUAUGUCUGGGAGUAAUAGUAACAGUUUGAAGUGGCCCAUCCACAGGCCUGGAGCUUAGAGAGUUUAGUAUUGGGGGAAUGUAAAAAGGACUUCCAAACCACAAGGACUUGAAGGAGAGUGUCCAAAGUAAUGAAGACAGCAAACAGUGAUGUUAACAGGAGUUACAGGACAGAUUUGUUUGGUGCAAUUCCUUUUCCAUUGAUGUUAGUGAAUAAUUCUUGUACAUUUUUGUUUUUGGAUAAAAAUAAAAAGUAUAAUAUCUUGUAUGGUCCUAGUUUGUGGAAGAUACCUGACAUUUUCCAAUCAGAAAAAAAAUUGUUGGUUAAAGCUGCAGUAGGUAACUAAAAAAAUGUUGGGUUUUUUCUCUCUUUCUUUUAAAUUGUCACUGUGUCUUGACAGAAUGGUACGAGACAGAUAAUCUGUGAACAGAAUCAAUCUUCUCCACCUCUUCCCAGUGCUACUAUUGCAAUCUGCAGAAAUGUGCCGCUCCUGGUCAAAAACAGCCAAUCAGAGUCAGGAGGAAGGUCAUAGCACUAUACAUUACACUUGUGUGUGCACUGCUCAAUGUGCUAAUGGUGGAGAAACAACUUACUGUUCCAGGAAAACCGUUUACCUGCUGUCACUGGUGACAGUGCUAACUACCUGAGCAUUUGUGUCAAGCUGUGUUAUCAGGAAGAAGCUGUAACGUAGCAGAGAGCAAGGGGGGUAAGCAGUGUGUACACAAGCGUGAUUGACACGUGUUUUUGACAGCAUUGUAUUUCUGCUCAGAGUGCACUGAUUACAGUUUUGUGGCCAAUUGCUGAUUACCGUUCUUUAAAAAACCUGAGCUGCUGAUUCCGAUUUUGGCAGAUAAUUUUUUUUUUUKUUUUUUUGCCUGAAAUGUUGCCAAAUAUAAGAAAGUCGCUGAGUUGGAAACAGUGGGAUGACUAUUGAUUACUGCAAAUGUGCAGACGUGACCACGGCAGAGCAACAGAGGACGGUGGGAUUUUUAAACCUUAGCCGAGGUCUUUAAGAUUGGUGGAUAAGUUUGGCUUCACAUGUGGCUUCACAUGCUGAUACCUUCACAUGUAGGUAUCAGCUAAUCACCGGUCUCCCAAAAUUGGGAAGAGGAAAUUGGGGCCAAUUUAUCAGUGCAUCUCUAACUUCUGCAGCUAGCACUGGGAAAAGGUAGAGGAGCUUAUAGAUGUACAGUUUUAGCAAAUGUAUAAAACUAUAUUUCCUAUAACUGCUACAUACAGCAGUCUUGAGGGAAAAUUGUAAAUGUAUAUCUGCCAGGGAUAUGAAUAAUUGUAGACAUAAGUGCCUGUGUACCAGGAGUUUAGGUUAAAGUGUAACUUUUGUUUAAAAAAUGUUUUUUGCAUAUUUGUUAAAACUGUCACUAUGUCCUGUAAGUAGAAUAUGUACAGCUUUAUGGAUCAAUCCUUAAAAUUAAGUCGUAUUGACUUAUUUUGUUAAUAUUCUGUAUCUGUUUAAGACUCUGAGGAGAAAUGUAUCAGUUAAGACUUAAUGUGCUUUUCCUUUUUGAACAUUUGUUUGAAUGCUGCAGUUUUACAUUGUUAGAUGCUGUUUGAAUUAUUAGUAAAUGUACUUUCUAUAUAUCAUAAAACAAUAAAUUGAUCUGCGCCUGCA